CCGGGCAGCCGGGUGGCUGCUCGGGGGCGCCAGACGGCGCGCAGCUGCGGAGAGAGCGCGGGCCACGGGAUGGGGCCCCCGGAGAGCGCGGCGCAGCCCGCGGCCGAGGCGGUGGAGCUGCGGGAACCGGAGCAGCUGCUGGCGGAGUGCGCGGUCCCGAGCGCGGGCGAGGAGCCUACGGACCCCCCCGGCAGGUGUUGGCUGUGCGGAACCUCGCCGUGCGGCUCGGGCGCGGAGCGGGAAGCCAAGAAGAAAGCGCCCUGUCCUGGACUUGGCUUGUUUUACACAGUAUUGUCUGCCUUCCUUUUCUCAGUGGCCUCUUUAUUUGUUAAAAAAGUGCAAGGCGUCCAUGCUGUAGAAAUUAGUGCAUUUCGAUGUGUGUUUCAAUUGCUAGUUAUUAUCCCUUGCUUAAUAUACAGAAAAACUGGGUUUAUAGGCCCCAAAGGUCAACGCGUUUUCCUCAUUCUCAGAGGAGUCUUUGGCUCCACUGCCAUGAUCCUUAUGUACUAUGCUUUCCAGACGACGUCCCUCGCAGAUGCCACAGUUAUUGCGUUUAGCUGUCCAAUGUUUACGUCAAUGUUUGCUUGGAUAUUUCUCAAGGAAAAGUAUAGCCUUUGGGAUGCUUUCUUCACCUUGUUCGCGAUCGUUGGAGUGAUCCUUAUCGUGAGACCGCCAUUUUUGUUUGGUUCCGACACUUCAGGGAUGAGAGAAAGCUAUUCAAACCAUCUUAAGGGGACGUUUGCGGCAGUUGGACACGCCGUGUUAGCUGCGAUGACUCUCGUUAUCUUAAGAAAAAUGGGAAAAUCUGUGGACUACUUCCUGAGCAUUUGGUAUUACGUCAUAGUUGGCCUUGUUGAAAGCGUCAUCGUCCUCUUUGUAAUAGGCGAAUGGAGUCUGCCUUACUGCGGGUUGGACAGGCUGUUUCUCAUAUUCAUCGGGCUCUUGGGUUUGGGAGGUCAGAUAUUUAUCACUAAAGCACUUCAAAUAGAAAAAGCAGGACUCGUAGCAAUAACAAAGACAAUGGAUGUAGUCUUUGCUUUCAUCUUUCAGAUUGCUUUCUUUAGUGAUGUGCCAACCUGGUGGACAGUGGGCGGAGCUCUCUGCGUGGUAGCCAGUAGCACGGGAGCAACCAUUCGUAAAUGGGUCCAGAAUUCCAAAUAAAAUACCACUGCUGAAAUCUAUUUUUUUUUCAAGUACAUCUUCACCCAGCUCAGACAUCUUUCACACCUACAUACCCACACCCCUGGAAAUCUAUUGAUUAUAUUUAAUAAAUUUCAUAAAUAAAGUACCAUUUUUGAAUAUGGUAUGUCUUUAAUUAAGAGUAGCUAGUCUGGCCUAGCAUAUUUUUGAUAGUGUUUAUUUUUGCUUUGACUUGUUUUGGUUGGGGUGUCACUGGUGAUAGAGCCCAUUUGAAGAAAAAUUGGAGAAAUUUUUAUGGUUAUAGUUUUCUAAAUGUAUUUUUGACAUUGGUGGGAUAUGUUUGGGAGAUACUCUAUUUUUAGCAGUGUAGAACCUGAGAAACCUAAUAUUGAUAAUGCUGCUAUAAUCAAUAAUUAGUACUGUGUUAACCCUUCGUUUGCAAUACAAUUCCAUUUGGGAUGCCAAAGCUGAAAUGUCAUAUAGGUGCCUACUUAUUGAUGUUAGUAAUAUAAGUGAAUUGGCCUUAUUUUCAAUGAUUUUAUAAAUGAUUAUUAUAAUAUUUGUGCCUUUUCAUUUUGAUGCUGGAAUUUUUAUAUGUAAUCUUUAACAGUGUUUAACUUGCCAUAUUUGGUCAGUAUUCUGUUGCAGUGUAUUUGCAACUCUUAUCAUUUUAAAUUUUUAAUUCUGUCCUUUUUUAUUGAAACUGCACUAAUUUUUAAUGUCCCACAAUUUCCAAUCUUUAAAUCAUAAGAUGGAAAUCUUGGCAUGACCAGUGUGCACAUUUCCAUCCUGAGGUGUUUUCACUUGAGAUAAGAUUAUUUUUCUGUAACUUCUGCUUGAAUUUAUAGUGUGAUGCCAAAUAAAACUUUCUCAGGAUCUUAUUAGGCUGAACUGUAUGAAAUUGCCCAUUUUAAUUUACAAAACCCAUGGGCUCCAUGAAGUUCACCCUGAUAGCCCCCUUACUCACUAAAUCAAAUAUUUAGAAUACUAUAGACUAUAUUUUUAAAAUAACUUUUUAAUAUACAGUUCUGUGAUUAAACUCAUAGUCUUUUCCCAUUAUGCGAUGAUAUGUAAUAACUCUGUUAGAGCCAAGAAUGUAAAGAACUAUUAAUUCAUAGCUCUUUGACUUUCAUGAGUUUCUUCCAUGGGGGGGGGCGGAGGGGAACCUCUGGUAAAUGGUAGUUUUUGACUGAAAAACUGUACCAUAUUAGUGUGAAUUCAGACAAAACAUUCUGUAACCAGAGAACAGCAGGCCAUUACUCUGAACAAGAGGAUUUGGUAUCAAGGAAAGCAUCACAGUUUAAUCAGGAUGUUGGGAGUGCAUGAACAUAAUUCUCCGCCACCAUAAACCCCUUUACAGGGAGACCAUGGUGGCCUCAACUCUCACUUUGCCAGACAUUGCCUAUCAUUGUUAGAGUUAAGAGGCUGUCUGUACUUUUCCACCCUCAUCACAAUUCUUCCUCCCUUUUUAGGGAGGCUCCUGGGACUGCUUGGCUCCUGGGACUUAACCUUUGAUGAAAGGAUCUUUUCCAAUAAUAUCAAGGGGCAACUUUAAGCUUACUGCUUUUAAAUAGUGCUGAUGAAUCCUAAAUGAAGUUUAUUAGCUGAGUUACCUCCAUCACACUUGAUCUGACUCAUACUCUUGGAAUUUAGAUUUGCAAAAGUACCAUUAUGCAAUCAUUUAGAACACUAGAAUCGACAGUCUUUUGGAGCUCAAAGGUUAUCUUAGAAAUCAUCUUGCGGGAGCUAGGCUCCAUAGAUAGGGAUGAUGGGAUGGAGACCACACACAAGCUGGGUUUCCAUGGCAGCCUUCCCUCACUUAGUUCCAUGUUAAGUAUGGAAAGGCAACCACUCCUGGAGCUACUGAAGCUGGAUUAUCUCCAGUUUCCUAGUGCAAUAAGAGACUUUCUGGAAGCUUGAAAGUUAAAUCCCUUUGACCUGUGUAUAUGUUUUAUUUCAACAGUGGCUUAAAAACUUGAGUAUCAUAAUAUGUGACUAACACUGGGAACAAUGUUUCUUAUCCCAACAUUUACAGGGUAUGAUUCUUAAACACAGUGUCCAAGUGGUGUAUAAGCCUAUGUAUUGCAACAAAUAUGGGUGUGUAUAUUUUGCAAAGAUUGUAGUUUCUAUAUCUUGAAAAGGAAAAUAUUUUUCAUAACUUGUUUUUAUUUUAUAAGUAAUAAAAGCAUAAAAGAAA